UUGAUUCAUGAAAACACAUUUUAUAAUCAUAACAUAUUUUAUAAUCGCCUAAUAAGCAUUAAUAAGUACAGAAAAAUGGCUAGGAAGAGUUUAGUGGAUGAAUUAAAUGUUUUAAUUAUGUCUAAACCGGAUUUUGGUUCAGAUGAAGAAGAGGAUACUAAGGCAAAAAUAGUAGAACCUUACAAUGAAAACGAUGACUCGAACGACAAAUUACAAAUUUCUAAAAUUCGCAAACAAAAUGUUGAUACUUUAGAUAAAGUGGAUAAGAGAUACACUGGUAAAAAGAUCUCAAGAAAAGACAUAUAUAGCGACGAAGGUGAUAGUACGAAUGAAGAUGCAAAAAGUAAAUGCUCUGAAGAAGAAGAAAUUAAUGAUAUAAUGGAGCAAAACGAGGAUGAGUUGUAUAGAGAAGCCAAUUUGAUAGAAGGAUCUACAAAUACCUUUGUUAACAUGUCUGAUUUGAAAGAUCAAAAUUAUUAUGAUAUAGGUAUCAAUACAAAUGAUCCAUUUUACAAACAGAUAAACUCUAAUAUUAAAACAAUGUUUGAAACAAAUGUUGACACAGAAAUAGAGAAAGGAAACUGUGUUAGAAAUCAACUGAAAUUAUGGGAAAAUUUCUUGGAAAUACGGAUAAAAUUACAGAAAUGUCUUGUAAUUAGUAACCAAAUGCCACAGCAUGAUGUUCAUAAAGAACUUGGAUCAGACAUGAAUUUUGUAAAGAAAGUUAAUGAAACUAAAAUGAAAUUGGCAUUAAUCAUGGAGAAUAUGUUACGUCUGAAAGAUCUUUUAUUAAAACAAUAUCCUGAAACAAAAAAUUUUUGUACUGAUGUUAAAAAGAUAAAAAUCGAUAAGAAUAAGAAUAUAAAUACAAAUGAUUCAUUGGAUAAAGAAAUAUCUUCUGAUACUGAAGACGAAUUAGAAAAUGGAAAGCAAUUAUCCAUUGAUAAAAAUACAAAAACGAUUGAAGAAUUAGUGCCUCAAAAACGUUUGAAAUAUAAUGACUAUGAAAAAAUUUUACAAAAAGAUCAUGAUUCAUAUAGAAAGUAUAGAGACUCUGUUAUUAAAAAAUGGAAUGAUAAAACACGAUUUGCUAUAGGCUCUUUGAAUAAAGGUUCUAGUCAGACUACAUUGAAACAAAUUGAAUUUGCUAUGAGCGAUAUAAGCAAGUUACGAAACAGAACUCAACUGAAGCGUUCUGAGUAUAAUGUUGUUGGUAAAUGUUUACUAAAUGGAGAUAAUGAUGGUAGAAGAAUUCAAGAAUAUGAUCCAGAAAUUUAUGACGAUGACGAUUUUUAUCAUCAACUAUUGAGGGAUUUGAUAGAGUAUAGAUCAUCGGAUAUGACAGAUCCUGUACAGCUCAGCAAACAAUGGAUCCAAUUACAGAACAUGCGUAAGAAAAUGAAAAGAAAAAUUGAUACACGUGCGACGAAGGGUAGGAGAGUACGAUAUAAUGUCCAUAAUAAAUUAAUUAAUUUCAUGGCACCCAUUACAGUGUAUGAUACAUGGACAGACAAUGCAAAAAAUGAAUUAUAUAAUUCAUUGUUUGGGAAAAUAAAAUCGACGGAGGAACAGAUAAAAUAGGUUGUGCAAAUUAUAGUAUACAAUUUUAUGUCUAUAAGAUAAAAAAAUUUAUACUCCAUGUAUGUAUUGCU